UGUUCCCGCGAUCCCUAUCUGGGAACAGUGGUGUCACACUCAUGUUACUAUUAGUUACUAUUAGUGAGUCGACUCGGGCGCUUCGGCAACGAGGGUGCUCGUCUCGACUACCGCAGCAGCAUUCGAUUGCUUGUUUGCUUGUUUUUGCGAUCUAAUUGGUUUGGGCAAUGGCGGAUGAUGAUACCCAUUCCUCUUCCGUCGAAGACCGCGUGCGAGCGGCGCAGGUCGAGGCUCGUGCUCGCCACAUCUCUCACAAUGUACGUUGCCUCGAGUGCGGCCAUCAGUCUAUUGAGGAAUCAGCCGCCGAUAUUGCCGUCCGCCUUCGCAAGGUAAUUCGAGAUGAUAUUCGAGCAGGCAAAACAGACAAUGAAAUUUAUGAACGGCUCACCACGGAGUACGGCGAAACCAUCCUCUACUCUCCGGCCUUCGAUGCUCAAACUGCUGUCCUCUGGUUGGGUCCUGUUGCCAUUAUUGGAGCUAUUGCAGGAGCCACAUUUUAUCGUGGAAGGGCGAAGCAGCGGGAUGUGGGUAGAAUGGCGGAUGCUCUCUUUGAAGGCAUCCCGCUUACCCCAAGUGAGCACCGAAUGCUUAAGUCAUUAGUACUACCCCCUUCUCAACGAAGAGCAUGGACAUGGCCUAGUCUCUGGAAGCUGUAGCUGUCGGCUGCCAAAUUCCAACCCAAGAGUUUGAAAUCCAAGAGCAUGUAUGCUUUCAGAUAAAGCCAUCUUUUUAUCCCAUGAUUUGUGCACGUUCUUGCGUUCUUGUUCUGUUGAUUGAUUGGUGCUUACUCCAUGCGGGAUUUUUCAUACGACUAAGGCAAUAACGAAGUGCUACAUUUUUUGUUCUUUUAACCAAAUGUUCCUGUAACUUCUGUAGCUGGCGAGGUUGUUGAUUUGAUCUAAAUGCUUUCUGUAGCAACAAGAGCAUACGGUGUAUUUUCAAACAAGUUUCUUCCCUCACCCUCAACAUCCUCGUAGGUUCCAGCUAUCCAAAUAUCCCUGCCUUUGUUUACAAGAUUACUAAAGUAUAGCGAGGAGACGGUUGAUCUGAAUCUUUUCAAUGUUCUCAACCAGUGAGUGCUUGCUUAGUAAUCUUCUGAGGUCCUCUCCGUGGACCUUAUAAAUCUGUUAAGCUAGGAGGACAUGCUCCAAAAAUAACAACACAACGAUUCCAACAGGAUAAAAGUGUUGACAACAUUUUAAUUGAAAUUGACCUUGUGUACCUCGCUA